AUGACGGUCAAGCGCAGAAACCACGGACGCAACAAGAAGGGCCGCGGCCACGUCCGCUUCAUCCGCUGCACCAACUGCGGCCGCUGCUGCCCCAAGGAUAAGGCCAUCCGGAAGGUCGUCGUGCGCAACAUUGUCGAGGCGGCCGCCGUCCGCGACUUGUCGGAAGCGUCAGUCUACGAGCAGUACACUCUGCCGAAGCUCUACCACAAGCUGCUCUACUGCGUCGCCUGCGCCAUCCACUCUAAGGUCGUACGCAAUCGUUCGCGCGAGGCCCGCCGUGACCGCAACCCGCCGCCCCGCUUCGGACAGCGCCCCGGAGGCCCGGCUCGCCCCGGCCAGCCCGCCAAGCCA